AUGAAAGUCCUGCUGUGGGGAAAAAUAGACAUCUCCUUUAUUAUAAAGAGUAAACACUUUCCACCUUUGUUAACAGCCUUUAUCUUGGGCAUAGAGCAAGAAGAUGUGAUGUUAGGGGUUAGAAAACACCCUUAUCAUGUUUUAUUUUUUGUAUAGGUUGGAAAAACCUGACCUCUCUGAGCACCCCGGAUACAAAGCCUGGGUGCUCGAGUAGUGCUAGUGACCACAAGGUUUCCUACCCGGCUGCCCUAAUGCUAGGGGUUGACUUGAGGCUGGGUGAAGCGGUGUAGAGCUCUGGUGAAAGUCUCCAUGACCGUCCCGGGGGGAUGGGGAGGCAUGGUGCUGCUCUGCCACCGUCACCCCGGGGGUUUGAAAAGGAGCGCGUUGCACCGCAGGCACUCCCCUUGCCUUUUCCUACACUGCAUCUGCUGAGCUGUGCUCCCCUGCCUUUCGAACUCGCAGCACGUGGUCUGAGGUUCUUUGCCAAGUCGGACGCGUCAUUUUACUCGGUUUUCUUCAACGUUAGAGCUGACGUAAAUACUCUAACCCAUGAGAAAUAUGUGCCACAAAGCUUCCAAGUCCUUGCGGGGAGGGUAAGAAAGAUAAUGAUCGUAACUAGAAACUGUACCUGGGUAAACGACAUUGCUUCAUGGCCUCAGGGGACCGAGUCUCCUGCUUGUCCUUGAGAUAAAUAGGUUGUGCUUGCUGCUUUUCUUUUUUUUUUUUCUUUUUUUUUUUUUUUUCACCAGUAUCUUUUUUGUCUGGUUGUUAUCGUUUGCCCAAAAUAGAUGCUUGCAGUGGAUUAUGAAAAAAGGAAAUGAGAGCUCUCUAAAUAGGGCAUGCUCUACUCAGUUCUGCUAGAGGAAACGGAGCUCCUUCUCUUUGCUAUUAGCAAGCAUGAGGCAGGGAGAAUAAGACUCAGGACCUAACCAUGGAAAAACUAUUUUUCACUACUACUUGGAAAUCUGGAUGAUCAUACAGUACUUUGAUUCUUUUUUGAGCUGUCAUCUUUUUCUGCAGAAAAAUCCCCUGUUAUCUCAGCCUUGUGAUUACUAGUUUUUCUUUCCGUGAAGCCUGUGAAGCAAAUGAUCAUAUGAGUACAAACCAGUCCUUCUGCUUGAGCUGGUCUGCCAUGGCUUUAUUUGUUUUACUUUUUUUAAUAGACUGCUACAGAACGCUGUGAAAUUAUCAUCGGUGGUAAAUACGGGUUCAAGAAACAUGACGACUUUAGGGAUUAUAUUGAGAAGUUUUUGAUGGUUUUGUGUGAUGUAACCAGGAUAAAUACAAGGUGGAGACCUUGCAGUCUAUGAAGACAGCUUAAUUGCAAUGUGUGAAGAGGCAAAUCAAAAUGAAGAACGUGCGGAAUCUUUACUGUUUUGUGAAAGGGAGGUUUCUUUGAUGUCCUCUGUCAAAUACGGGACUGUGGAAGACCUGCUUGCUUUUGCAAAUCAGGUGUCCAACACUGCAAAACAGUUUAAAGGAUGCAGACAGCAAGAAUCUGGAAUCCUCUUGAAUAUGAUCACGCCCAAGAAUGGGCGCUAUCAAAUCGACUCGGAUGUGCUCCUGUUUCCGUGGAAGCUGACUUACAGGAACAUUGGCUCUGAUUUUAUUCCUCGGGGAGCUUUUGGGAAGGUGUACUUAGCCCAAGACAGAGAAACCAAGAAACGAAUGGCAUGCAAACUGGUGCCAGUGGAACAGUUCAAACCAUCAGAUGUUGAAAUACAGGCAUGUUUCCGCCACGAAAACAUUGCAGAAUUAUACGGUGCUAUUUUGUGGGAUGAGACAAUCCAUCUCUUUAUGGAAGCUGGAGAGGGAGGAUCUGUCAUGGAAAAGCUGGAGAGUUGUGGUCCUAUGAGAGAAUUCGAAAUCAUUUGGGUGACAAAGCAUAUUCUGAAAGGACUUGACUUUCUCCACUCCAAGAGGAUUAUCCACCACGAUAUCAAACCAAGCAACAUUGUCUUUAUGUCAACUAAGGCUGUUUUGGUGGAUUUUGGCCUAAGCGUGCAAAUGACUGAAGACAUUUAUUACCCCAAAGACCUUAGAGGAACAGAGAUUUACAUGAGCCCUGAAGUUAUCCUCUGCAGAGGCCACACAACAAAAGCGGACAUCUACAGCAUGGGAGCUACUAUUAUUCAUAUGCAAACUGGCAUCCCACCCUGGGUGAACAGAUAUCCACGUUCAGCAUAUCCAUCCUACCUCUAUAUUAUACACAAGCAAGCUCCCCCCUUAGAGGACAUUGCUGAAGACUGCAGCACUUCCAUGAGAGAGUUGCUAGAAGCAGCUCUAGAAAGGAAUCCUAAUCAUAGGCUGUCUGCAGCAGACUUACUGAAGCACGAAGCCUUACACCCACCCCCAGAAGAGCAGCCGCGGUGCCAGAGUCUGGACUCGGCGUUGUUUGAAAGGAAAAGACUACUUGCAAGGAAGGAGCUGCAGUUGCCAGAAAACAUUACAGAUUCCUCUUUGUGUACUGGGAGCAUGGAAGAGUCAGACCUGCUAAAAAGGCAAAGAUCGCUCUACAUUGAUCUUGGAGCUCUAGCUGGUUACUUCAAUAUUGUUAGGGGACCACCAGCCUUAGAAUACGACUGACUCAGUAACGUUGUAUGUCGGCGGGUCAGAAAUGGACCUCUACCUCUUAAAACUUGAUUUUAAGACUUUGUUUUCAAACUUGUACAUAAAAAUAUUGCCAUUGUAGGCUGUAAAAUGUGAAUAGUGUUUAAUUGCACAGAUGAUUAAGCUAAACCCUUAGGGGCUCUGAUAAGCUGAUCCCAAGCAACGAUACUUGUGUGUCUGCUGGUUGACCAACAAGAAGACGGUGAAAAGAAUACUGCUGGGAAUGUCUUAAUCCAGGAUAUCUUCCUGUGCUGGGCCUUGCACUUUUAUAAAACUUACAAUAUAUGCUUGCAAAUACUGUCAUGAAAAAAAAAAUAAUUGAGCAUGUGGGCUGUAAGAUUUGGUCUAUCUGAGCUGUCCUUAGAGAAAACCUUCCAGGAAAAAAAAAAAAGUCGUUGAUCAACCAGUCAAAGACUGGUUCAGUCUUUUUCUGUCUUUGAGACUUGGCCAGUCUCUGGCCAUUCUUAACGGAAAUCAGGGCCUCCCUUAAGCUGAGCUAAUUUCUAUCAGCUAUCUCUGGAGCCAAAGCAUCGCUUGGUUAGAGAUGUGUUUUAACUUUGCAUCUUCCCAGGGCUGUCAGAGCGAAGCAGGGCGCCGUCCCCCUUCUCCGUGGGUGUAGGGAAUCCUUCGCUGGCUGUGUGGGUUAGCGUUGGGAACAGAACAGCAAGCUGGCCCUGACAAAGCACGGCGGUGACUCUGCCAGCUACCUGUCUUACAGCUACUGCAAGGAUAUCUUGGGUAGUUUUCAAGGGUAGGUCAAAUGUUAUUCCCUGUUGGUAACAGUGGACAGGCUCCAGGCUCUUGCUUUUUAAUACUUUAAAAUUGUACACAUAUAUAAUUGCCGUGAGUUCUAUGGUUUGGAAAGCAUGUCAUUAGUGACAAGCUGUGUUUAUGUUCCUAUGGAAAUGGAAUUAUAUUGUUCUUGCUGUGCCUCAUACAUUUGAAACAUGAUGUUUUGGAUGAUAGUAAAACUAUGUAAACUGCAUAGUUCUGUACAUCCCAUGGGAUGAGAAGGUAAACUUUUAUAAAAUUCUCUUCAAUGCUUAGGAUGACUCUUUAUAAGCAUUUGUGUUAAAAUGGCAUACUAUGUAUGUUGUACACUGAAUCUUUUCUGAAGCACAGUCUCUUUUUCAUGUGUCUAUUAUUUAAUGCUGCUCCUAUCUAACACGUGAUCUUAAACAGAUGAUUUCUAGUUUGAUACUGAUAUGGUCAAAUGAAU